ACACAUUUUUUUAUUUUUUUAGUCUGUUUUUGGAAUUUAAUUAUAAUUUCUAAAAUUGCUAUAAUUAUGAAUAAGUUCUUUUUUAGACCAUAAGUUAAUCAUUUUAUCAAGUUAAGUGUUAGUUUAGACAAAGGCUGGAAAGUAGAUGUCACUAUUGGUAGAGAGUAACUUUGGCACUUCGGUACAACAGGCAGUGCAGGCCACUGCUUCCCAGAAUAAACCCUUAUUUGUGUUGUUAUCUAAAGGCGAAUCUGAUAAUGAAUCGAUUGAAUUUGAAAAUAAAUUCAUUAAUGAAUCGAAUAUACACCAAUUAAAAUCACAUUUCAUCUUACUUAAAUUGAUUGAUGAUACAGUUGAGUUUGGAUAUUUCAAACAAAUCUUUUCUGAUUUGAUUCUUCCUAGCUUUUAUAUCGUUGAUAAGGGCAAAUUAUUAGAUGUGAUAACUUUUGAGGCGGAACUCGAUACUUUUGAUGAAAGAAUAAAUAAGAUCGUUAAUACCACCCCAAAUGAUACUAGUUUACCACCAUCAACCAAUUCCCCACCCGUGGUUGAUAAUCAACCAUCAUCUUCCUCGACUCCCGUCCCCCUUGAACAAGUUGAUAGUCAAGCCACCAAUACACGCGUUGAAACUGAAGAACAUCCCGUACUGACAACUCAAGAACAUAAACUCGAUCCUAAAAGAGAAGAGAGUUUAAGAGAACAUAAAAAGAAAGUGGCCUUGGCCAAAAAGAAACAAAAUGAAGAAAGAAGCCGUUUAAGAGCUCUUUUAAAAGCUGAUCAAAAAGAACGUGAAAUCAAAAAAGCGGCAGAACAGGCUUCAUAUAAAGAUCAAAGUUCAUCACCUACUACUAACGGUACACAAACUACUCAACAUACUCAUUCUGAUGAAUGUACUUUAUCAAUUAAAUUAUUUGAUGGUAAUUCUAUAAGGCAUGAUUUUAAACAUACUCAAACUUUAAAUGAUGUGAGAAAUUGGUUAGAUCAAGAAAUCGAAAUUAUACCUCCUUCAAACUCAAUGCCAUCAUUUGCCACUUCAUCAUAUCCUCAACCAACAAAUUAUGUCUUCCAUCGUCCUGUAUUACCAAGAAUUACUUAUACUGAUGAACAAGAAUUUAUAUCAUUAUUAGAUUUAGAACUUUGUCCAAGAUCGGCCCUUAUUUUAAAGCCUGUUUAUGAUGAUAAGUAUUCAAAGGCUUAUCCUGAUUCUAAGACUUCCAAUAGUGUAAUAAGUAGAAUAGGUGGAACCAUAGGUAGAGUUGGACAUGCUUUAUAUUCAUUUUUCGAUUAUGGUGUUGAUAAUCAACAUGAACUUUCUCAUGAAAAUAGUUUUGAAAAUCCAGAUGGUUCUUCAAGAAGUAGAAGUAAUACUUCUGGGUAUUCCAAUGAUAUUAAUAGUGGUUCCAGGCCUAAUAUUGUUUCAAUUGAUGAUAAUAGAGCUUCAUCUGCUUCAUUAAUAAAUUUUCAUGAUCCCCCACCAGCUCACUCUCCUAUGCUUGAAUCACCUACAGUUGGUACUAUUGAAUCUACCAAUCCUUCAAAUUACCCUAGUAGAGCAUCAUCGCCUGUUCAGUUGGGAAGUUUACAUACCAUUAGUAGAGUACAAACCAUCCAUGAUGAACAACAUACAACAUCUGAUUCAAGAGAUAAGAAAGAUGAUACUUACAAUGGUAAUUCCAUCAAUCUUACUUCUAAUGAUGAUGAUAAAUAGAUGACCUUACCUCCCCUCUCCAAUACUAUAUAUCUAGGAUAUGUAAUGUAUAUAUACAUAUAUAAAGUGUUUUUAAAUUGUUUUUACAUAAAAAUUGCGCUUAUGGUUAAAUAAAAAAAAUUGACA